AUGAGAGCUGUGGCGUUCACCGGCGGGGAGGUCGCCUUUUAUAGCUAUCGCCGGGCGGCGACGGGAUGCAUGCCGGGCGACGUGUGGCUGGACGCGCGUCGCGGCGCGUUCACUGCGCCGCCCGUGAGCCAUCAAUGGAGGCUGACCGGCGCGGCAGCGCGAUUGCAGUAUAUAGAAACGAGACCAUUGCCAGCUCACCGGCGGCGUCUGCUGCCAGGGAUUGCGAAGCAGCUGGAGUAUACCUUGUAUAGAAAAUUCCCAAACAAGAUGGAUUACUACAAAAUGGCGAAAGGGCCAAUUGAGCCACUCGUGAUGUUUGCUGGCAGGACCUUUAGUGCUGAGAGCCGACAACAUCGACAAAACCAACAAUUGUCAAGACAGAUAGCAUCUUCCACUUGCUGUGGGAUGAUGAUUCCGACACCUGGUAUCACGCAAGGCGCAAGUGAAACUUCUACAAUGUCGUAUCUAACAUACAACAUGGAUACUUCAUCUGGUGCCGGCUUGGUUCCACGGAGUGCCAAUAGUGGUACCUCGCUGCAAGGGGGAGCUCCUGAUGAGCAUGUGAACACAAUGUUGUCUCAGGGGAUACUCCCUACACAACAUGGUCGGCCUAGAGCGUCCAACGACAACCUCGUAAUAAACACAGUAGACACACCUGAAACCAACAAACUCUUGGCAUGCCCUGCACCUUCGAAGGAUCUCCCAAAGGAACCAAAGUUCAGCUGCCCAGUCUGCAUGAACGAGUUGGUCGAUGCGUCGUCGACUAUCUGCGGCCACAUCUUCUGUCAGAAGUGCAUCGAGGCCUCCAUCCAGGCUCAGAGCAAGUGCCCUACCUGCUGUAGGAUGCUGACCGUGAACAGUUUUCACCGUAUCUACCUCCCAACCAUGGACUGA